UGGGCGGGGUCACGGGGCGACGCCUCGCGGGCCGCUGGGAGCGGCGACGUCCGUGCUCCCGGCUAACGGGCGGAGAGCGGGGACUGGACAGGGGAGUGCGGCUUGGGCUGCAGAUGUCAUGUGGCCUGUGCUUUGGACCGUGGUACGUACCUAUGCUCCCUACGUCACAUUUCCUGUGGCCUUUGUGGUCGGGGCUGUGGGCUACCACCUGGAAUGGUUCAUCAGGGGAAAAGAUCCCCAGCCUGUGGAGGAGGAAAAAAGCAUCUCGGAGCGCCGGGAGGAUCGCAAACUGGAUGAGCUGCUAGGCAAGGACCACACCCAGGUGGUGAGCCUUAAGGACAAACUAGAAUUUGCCCCCAAAGCUGUUCUGAACAGAAACCGCCCAGAGAAGAAUUAAUGGAAGACGCAGAGCCCUGUGUUCCUACUGUGUGCCAUGUCUGGUCCUGCCACCAUGUCAACCCAGCCCUGGAACCCACCUCUGAUUUGCUUUGUUGCUUAUUCUGGCCCCUUCCAUGCCACACAGCCAUACACAUACUGGUUGCUCCUUUAUGGCCAGGCAGACACAGCAGCAGCUGAGGGGCCAGUGAAGAGGAAGGCCCUGGAGGGUUCUCGCCUGAAGGCUGCAUCUGUCGUGUGGUGGCCACAACUGCUCAGGCUUCUGAGCUUAUGGGUGCACUGCCAGUAUGAGUGUUAUGAAAUGAACAUUGGCUGUCAGUCUUCAUGGGGAGAUGGUUUGGCUUCCAGUGUGAAUGGCUGGGAUUUGGGUUUUGCCAUUAGGAGAGAUACCUAUAUGUCUAGUUCCAGUUUUCACUGGGAAGAAUUCAAAAAUCCAGCUGGCUCCCUUCACUAGUUUUCCCUCUCCUUUGUAGUCAUUCUUCCUGAAAUUUUGUCCUGCCAGCUCAGGAAUGGGAUUCCUUGGGGAAGGAAAGCAUUUUUCUGUUCUUGGAAGCUCAGGCUAUUCACCUUGGGGCAGGGAGGAACAUGUGCUUGGUGAAUUUGCUUGAAAACAAUCACCAUCUUCCACGCUCAACACUGUAUAGUGCAAAACUUGAUUAAAGUGGCAUCUGAGAACACAUAUUGAUCAAA